AUGGCUCGCGCCUCGUUCGAGUACGACGAGGUCGGCAACACAUUUUACUAUGUCUUAGUCGCAUUUUAUGCGUUCAUUUUGUUCCCAGCGACAUGGUUGUGUCUUCCGGGCGGUGCGAAACCAGAAACCGUCCAUGUGGUCAAUGAACACGAGUGUCAGUGUGAUGGUUGUGAUAAAAAACGGCGAAAGAAGGCGGCGAAUAAGCCAUGGAGACGGACCAAGAAAAUUAUCACGAUUUCGGCCCUCGUCGUCGCUUGGGCGAUUUUCGCUAUAAUUGUCAAAAAGACCACUGAAAUCGAGCAGGUUCACCAGGAUUACGAUCCUUAUCAGAUUUUGGGUCUGGAUCAGGGAGCCGAGGAGAAGGCUAUCAAGAAGGCGUACAGGGAUUUGACAAAGAUUCAUCAUCCGGAUCGCGGAGGAGACGCCAUAUUUUUCGACAAAAUCGCCAAGGCAUAUCAGGCGUUAACUGAUAAGGAAGCCCGCGAGAAUUGGGAGAAAUACGGUAAUCCAGACGGUCCAACUGCCACGACAUUCGGAAUUGCUCUACCGAAAUGGCUCGUUUCCAAGGAAUACGGUCUUUGGGUUCUGGCGUUUUAUGGACUCAUUUUUAUGGUUAUUAUGCCGGUGGCUGUGGGUAUGUGGUGGUACAGUUCGAUCAAGUACAGUGCUGAUAAGGUCCUCCUGGAUACCACUAGAAUGUUCUAUUAUUUUAUCAACCGAACGCCGCGAAUGGAGAUUGGAAGAAUGAUCGCUGUGCUCUCUGGAUCGUUCGAAUUCAGCAAACAGUACAACAAGGAGAUUGUCGAGCGAGAAUCGGAUGAAAUCGAAGUUCCACGACUCAUGAAAUUCCUCACCGGAGUGAAUGAUAAGGGAAAAGAGCAACCGUUGAGUCAGGCGUACGCUCUCAAGGCUCGUACCUUGAUUCAUGCGUAUCUGUCGAGAUUACCACUGGAAUCGGCGGAGAAUGUGUUGGAUCAGGAUCAGGACUACAUCAUCACCCGAAUCCUCCGUUUCGUCGAAGAAAUGGUCAAUUGCUCACAGAAUCUCAUGUCCUACUCGCAACACUCGAAAAUCACCAUCGACACAUUCGAUAAUCUGCUCCGCCUGCAGCCAAUGUUCGUUCAAGCACUAUGGCAAAAGAAUAGUCCACUUCUACAGUUGCCACAUUUGACCGAUUACAAUUUGCAGCACUUGCGGAAGAAAAAAAUCUUCUCGUGUCACGACUUGGCCAUCAUGGAUUCUGAAUCCCGACGUGCUGUGCUUCGUACCCUUACCAAUGACGAAUACAGGGAUGUGAUGGUCGUCCUAUCGAUGAUGCCACGUCUUCGAAUCGAAACGAAGACUGUUGUGGAGGGAGAAGACGACAAGCACGAGCUGACAGCCGGUUGUGUGGUUACACUGAAGGUCACUAUGAAGCGUAGCAGCCUGAUCGAUCCACAAGAAGCGGGCCUAGCCGAUCAGUACAAGGCCUAUUCAUCUGGAGCUGACGAAGACGAGAGAGAAGAGGGAGAAGAGAAUCAGACAGAGGAGACGGCAGACGGAGGAGAAGAGGUGAAGAAGAAGAAGGUGUGGACGGCGAAGAAUAAGCAGAGUAAGAAGAAGAAGAAGGCGGCUGGAGGACAGGGACCACAGAAGAAGUUCCAGAAGAAGACAACGACGGCGCCAGGGUCACCAUCUACGAAUUCUGAGGGACAGGCGCUGGUUAAGGCCGCCGAAGAAGAGGAAGACGACGAGGAGAAGAAUUCAGAAGUCUCUGACGUCGGCUCGGACGACGAAGACGCCGACGCCGCCGCUUCUGGAAACUCGGACUCGGAAAAAGAGCAAAAGGCGGGAGAUUCCGAUUCUGAAUGGGAAGAUGACGUUGCAUCAAACAAGAAGUCUAUAUUCGAGACGAAAAACACCCAGACGCAUACCGUACACGCACCGUACUACCCGAUGGAGAAGUUUGAAUGGUGGUGGAUUACUGUAGCCUAUGUGGAUAAGAAGGAGAAGACACGGCAGAUGUUGACGUUCCCGCAGCUGGUGAAGACGUUGAUCGAUGAGCAAACGGUGGACAUCCGAUUCGCCGCCCCACCACACAAAGGGAUCUACACGUACAAUCUGUCGGUGAGGUCCGACUCGUACAUGGACGCCGAGUAUAGUGUUGAUUUUAAGAUCGACGUCAAGGAGGCGAAAUUCGUUGAAAUCAAACACGACGACUACGUUGACGAGGACGACGAAGAAGCUGGGCAGGUGUCGAGUGAGGACGACUACACGGAGGACGAUGAUUCAGAUGACGAGUAG